CGAAAAAUGGUCCGUCUCACGACUGAGCUGUUCGCCGAGCGUCCACAAUUCGUCAAUUCGGUCAAUAUGCGGGAGAUCAACUUGCGCGGCCAAAAAAUCCCCGUAAUCGAGAAUAUGGGAGUGACGAGGGAUCAAUUCGAUGUCAUCGAUCUGACUGACAACGAUAUCAGGAAAUUGGACAAUUUUCCGACGUUUUCUCGUUUGAAUACGCUGUAUCUUCAUAAUAAUCGAAUCAACUAUAUCGCACCCGACAUUGCCACAAAACUUCCAAAUCUCAAAACUCUUGCACUGACCAACAACAACAUUUGCGAGCUCGGAGACAUUGAGCCACUGGCAGAAUGCAAGAAGCUCGAGUACGUGACAUUUAUCGGAAAUCCGAUAACUCACAAGGACAAUUAUCGGAUGUAUAUGAUCUACAAGCUGCCGACGGUUCGAGUGAUUGACUUCAAUCGAGUCAGACUGACAGAACGUGAAGCUGCGAAGAAGAUGUUCAAAGGAAAAAGUGGAAAGAAGGCGAGAGAUGCGAUUCAGAAGAGUGUUCAUACAGAAGAUCCAUCAGAAAUUGAACCAAAUGAGAAUAGUUCGGGUGGAGGUGCUCGGCUUACUGAUGAAGAUCGGGAGAAGAUCAAGGAAGCGAUCAAGAAUGCCAAGUCACUCAGUGAAGUCAACUAUCUUCAGUCGAUUCUGGCAUCGGGAAAGGUUCCGGAAAAGGGAUGGAAUCGUCAGAUGGAUCAGAAUGGUGCCGAUGGGGAAGCGAUGGAGUCUUGAAAAAUCUUGAAAAUUGCAGAAUGUGCUGCUAAAAUUUAUUUAUUUAUUUUAUUUGAUUUUUUUAAUGUUAAAAUGAUACUCCUUGUUUUAUUUAUAUUCUCAUUUUUUUCCAAUUUUUUCCCAGUCUGUCUUCCCUUUUUUUGUAAUUUUUAUAUACCAUAAAACAAUAUUUCCC